AUGCUGACUUCGUGGCUCGCGCUCGCGCUCUUGUCCGUGCCGGGCAUUGCGCUUGCCGACGGCAUUGACGACUACGACGCGCGCGCGCAAGCGAUUGUCGACAGCUUCUCGACGGCUCAAGUGGUGGGUCAAAUGACACAAUUGACGCUGUCGGAAAUCAUGAACAGCACCUCUCGGGACCUCAACGAAACGGCCGUGCGUGAAUACGCGCGACUGAACGUCGGGUCGUACCUCAAUACGUACUGGGAGAGCCCCGUGGAUGGCGUCUAUGGCUACAACGCGUCAGAGUUCCGAUCGUUGAUCCAGCGCAUCCAGAACAUUACGAUGGAAGAGAAUGGCGGCCACCCCGUGAUCUACGGCAUUGACUCGGUGCAUGGCGCGAGUUACGUCGUGGGGCCCGUGCUGUUCCCGCACCAGAUCAACAGUGGCGCGAGCUUUGACGCCGACUUGGUCUACCAAGUGGCGCGCAUUACGGCUCGGGACACAGAGGCGGCAGGCAUCCCGUGGAUCUUUGCGCCCAUUCUCGACAUUUCGCAAAACACCAUGUGGGCGCGGACGCACGAGACGUUUGGUGAGGACCCGUACUUGGCCUCGGUCAUGGGCGUUGCCCACGUUCGCGGGCUCCAGAGCCACAACCAAACCGCAGCUUGUAUCAAGCACUUUAUCGGCUACUCGAAGACACCAACGGGUCAAGACCGUGACAAUGUCCUGGUCUCGGACUUUGAGCUGCUGAACAACCACUUGCCGUCGUUCAAAGCGGCAAUUGACGCAGGAGCGCUGUCCGUGAUGGAAAACUACAUCUCGCUCAACGGUGACCCCGUGAUUGCAAGCACGCGGAUUUUGAACGACCUGCUGCGCUCUGACCUCGGCUUUAACGGCGUGCUGCUCUCGGACUGGAACGAGAUCUACAACUUGUACGCCUGGCACCGCGUCUCGUCGUCUCGGGAAGAAGCUGUGGCCGUGUCGCUGAAGCAAACGUCGGUUGACAUCAGUAUGGUGGCGGAGGACACGGACUUUAUCGGGUACGCCCUCAACAUGUUGAAGGAGAACCCGGAGCAAGAAGCGCGUCUGCGCGAGUCCGUGAAGCGUGUGAUCAAGCUGAAGCUCCGACUCGUGACCAGGACCGAGCUACGGCGCUCCAGCUUGCCCGCGAGUCCAUUGUGCUGCUAUCGAACGACGAACGAUACCUUGCCGCUACCGAAGCAAGCCUCGGUCUUCCUCACCGGUCCUUCGUCGGACAAUGUCGGGUACCAGUGUGGAGGCUGGACGUACACGUGGCAGGGCUACUCGGGCAACGAGAUGUUCCCACACGGCAUUUCAGUGCGCAAAGGGCUCGAGAAUCUGGUUGGCAACGACUCGUUCACGUAUUUCAACGCCCUUGACAUCAACGGGAACAUCGACGAGGCCAACUUGACCCGGUCCAUCCAGCUUGCCCGCCAGCACGACUACACUGUUGCUGUCAUUGGCGAGCCCAAUUACACCGAGAAAACGGGUGACAUCAACAACCCGGCACUGCCUGAAGGACUGGAGGACUUUAUCGAGGCUGUUGCUGUCAAUGGUACGAAGGUCAUUGUGGUGCUGCUCGGGGGUCGUCCACGUCUGCUCGGGUCGAUCCCGAGCAACGCGCAUGCUGUUAUCAACGGUAUGCUGCCGUGUGAGAUGGGUGGGCAGGCGAUUGCUGAGAUCCUGUACGGGGACGUGAACCCGAGCGGGAAGCUGCCGAUCUCGUACCCGAUGCACCCGGCGACCGUGACGAUCCCGUACAACCAUCUCGUGACAACGCGCUGUCAGUGGGACAACUGCCAGAUGCAGUGGGAGUUCGGCACCGGUCUCAGCUACACGCAGUUCAACUACUCGUCGAUUGCGAUCGACAAGAAGAUCAUCAGUAGCGCUGCUGACACGUUGACCGCUACUGUCACGGUCACGAACGUCGGCGCCGUGCCUGGCAAGGAGACUGUCAUGCUGUUCCUCAUCCAGCCGUUCCGCAAGAUUUCGGUCCCGAGCAUGAAGAUGCUCAAGAAGUUUAAGAAGAUUGAGCUCCAGCCGGGCGAGUCGAUGGAGGUGUCGUUCACGCUGUCGUCGGCCGACUGGAGCGUGUACAAGCCGGAGAUUGGAACGGGUCUGUCGCGGGUCGUUGAGGACACCGAGUACGUGGUGGCCUUCAAACCAGACACGCGAUGCGACGUGUACGCGGACUUUGUAAUUCCGAUGAACAUCACGAACCCGUUGUGCGCGUCGUUUAGCAUCAACACCGCCGGCGGUGCCAAUGUGAGCAGCGCCAGUCCUCUGCCGUCCACCGGCGUUGCCACUGGAAACAGUGCCAGUCCUGUGCCGUCCACCAGAGUUGCCACUGGAAACAGUGCCAGUCCUGUGCCGUCCACCGGUGUUGCCACAAUAAACAGUGCCAGUCCUUUGCCGUCGACCGGUGUUGCCACUGGAAACAGUGCCAGUUCUCUGCUUCCCGUCAGUGUGGCCGAUGUGAGCAGCGGUGGCCUUUUGCUAUAG